AUGUGGGACUUCACCAUGCCGGACGGCCGCCGCGUUCUUGGCCAGCCUCCCUCGCCUCCUCCAUUCUCCACCGGUUACCGCUCACCCGGGGUUCUGCUCGCCUCGGACAUUCAUGGUCCGUACGCUGCCGGCUACUACACUUACGAUCGUACUGUCCAGCCUCCUCAGUACACGUACCAUCCCGACUAUCGCCAUCUCCGUCGUCAGCCCACCACCUGCAACACGGAUCUUCCUGAUCGGUCCGGCAGUUUCGACAACGCUGAGAAGAGCUUUCACCGUGAUGUUGGCCAGGGCAAUGGAGGUUCCUCCGGCAUGCGCAAUGGUGAUGUCGAAGUGGUGCGUAGUACUUUGGAAGACAAUGACCCCGUGUCCGCUCACAAUGCUUUCCAGAACAGCAAGCCGGCGAGCUUUGAGGUCGCCAACCCUGGUGAUUCCGAACUGCGCUACCAGAGCAAUGUCCAUCCAAGCACCGACAGCUCUGUCCGCAAGGAUCCUCCGAGGAAGCCCAAGUUCACCACGUUCCAGGCCACAAAGAAGAAGGUCGAUCCCACCAACCGUCUGCCAAAGGACACCGACUUCAGCAAGGCCAAGCGCAAGACUUCUGACUUGGUGGGAGGCGACUAUUCCGGUUGGGCUGCCACAGGUGCUCCUCGUCCAGAUGCAUUUGUCUUUAACGCGCUCUUGGGGGAGGUGAGAAUGAUGGAGAGUGAGUUGGGCGUGCCUGACAAGAAGACGGGCUUUCUGAGCGGAGUGAUGACGAGCACCAAGCCCAAUGAGGGACAUCUGCCUGGCACCGAGAAGGUGGGCAAGGUGGGCAAGUGUCAAGGCAACCAGAGCACGCCCGGUGCUGCUUCUAACGAACGCGAGAAGUUCCGAACCACGAUUCGCCCUACUGCUUCCACCAACGAUGGUUCGGUGUAUCUUGACCAGAACAAGUUCAACAGCAAGAUGAGGGAGGAUAUCAGGAAGCUUGGCUACAGCAGCCCGGCAGAGCUGUGGAGCGGCUCCGGCGAUGAGCCUCUGUCGAAGCGCCUGGGUCAGUUGGCGGUGCUGUCAAAGAUGUUCGAGGAGUUUCUCUCUGUGUAUGUCGAGGGCAGCGAGGCGCAGAGGAUGGUCAUGCGCGAUGCUAUGAAGACGAUGGCUCAGAGUGCCUUCCGUGAGCGCGUGGAUGGGCUCACCUUCUCUCCAGUCGAGUAA